AGUUUUUUUAAGUUCAAGCUUUGAAUUAAUAUCAAAAAUUAUUAAAAUAAAAUUAAAAAUGAAAAGAAAAAAAAUUAUCAGUAGUACAAAGUAGAGCUGAAAAUACAACGAAAACGUCUAAUCGGACGUCGCAUUGCAGAUAAAAAUAAAAUAUAUAAGAAUGUAAAAAGCAAUAAUAACAAAAACAAAAUGAAAAACAAAAGAGCGAAAACAACAAAAAAAAAAAACAAAACAUACAGAGAAUAAUAAAAAAGAAAGAAUUUUGCUGUCAUCGUUCCGUUUGAGUCAAAUUUAGUAUGAAAGAUAUAUAUCGAACAUACUGAUAUACUGCAAGGAUACAAAGCAAAAGGUUAUAUUAAAAGUUCAAUGUAUAAUGAUAAUUUUUUAACAGUAAAGGACUAAAUAAAAACAUAAUUACAGAACAUAAGCAUAUAGAUACGCUCUUCUGAAAUUAUAUAAAGAGGAAUUUUGAAAAAUUCAUUAAAUUUACAAAAUAAUGAGAAAAAAUUGAAAGAAAAUUGAAUAAAAUAAAAAAAAAGAAAUCAAAAACAAAGCAGCAACAGUAAGUAAGAAAGUAUGUUCAAUAACCUAAAGCGUAAAUUACAUCAUCUUAUCUAAAGUACAUCUCAGAACACAAAUAAAAAAAAAACACUAUAUUAAAAUUCAACAAGCAGAAUAUAUAUAUAAAAACAAGAAAUAAAAUCAAGACAUAAAAGGAUUAUACAAAGUGGUUAAAAAAACACUUGAAGGUUCUCUCCUUCAAACAACAUAAUUUUAUUUUAUUUUUGUAUUUUACAUGUAUUCGCCUUUGGAAGUACUUAAACUACUAACCUGCUACUGCAUCUAUAAUAUAAGAGGUGGAUAAUUUUACUUCACCAUGACCUCGGAUAAAGGGGUUCGUGGUGGAGGCAAUAAUAUCAAAAUUAUUGAUAAAAAUUGUAGUAAUAAUAUUGACGGGCAUUUCGUGCAUAAAGACGAUGAUGAUGAUGAAAGUGGUGGUAGUGGUGGUGGUGGAUAUGGAAUAGAUAAUGAUGGCGGCACUACCAAUAUCGAUAGUGAUGAUUUAAAAAAUAAUAUAUAUAAUGGUGAUGGUAAUAGACAGAAUAAAAAUGAAAAUUAUCAUAGAAAUAACAGGAAAAAUGACAGUAAAAUUCAAAAAUAUUAUGAUAACAAUAAAAAAUAUGUUUCAUCAAAUAUUACAACACGAUAUUAUGGUAUACCAAUAGGUGAUAUAUUUUCUGUUAAAUGGAUUAUUACCAUCACUGUUAUAUUGCUGCUCUCUGCAAAAAUUGCCUUGGCCGAUAAUUGUUUUCCAUCAACAUUUGGAGUGUUAUUUUGGCUUUGGAUCCCUCAAGUAUCAGCCGAAUGCCAAACACGAUCAAUUUAUUGUUAUGAAUGUGAUUCUUGGACUGAUGCACGGUGUAAGGAUCCAUUUAAUUAUACAGCUUUACCAAGGGAUCAACCUCCUUUAAUGACCUGUAACGGAUGUUGUGUUAAGAUGGUUCGUCACUCAAAGUCUCCAUAUGAAGUUGUUCGUCGAAUGUGUACAUCACAAUUACAAAUAAAUCUAUUUAUGGUAGAUCAUGUGUGCAUGAUGGAAAGUUCAGGCAAUGGACAUAUGUGCUUUUGUGAGGAAGAUAUGUGUAACUCUAGCAAACGCUUAUAUACUAAUAUCGAUGGUUUAAAAUUACCAUUUUUCAUAAUAUUUUUGGUAUUAGUAAUCGAUCAAUUGCAAAAUAUCUUACAUAUACACAUGAUCAGAUAGAGAAUUUAAAAAGAAACAUAAAAAAAAGAAACAAACAGAAAUAAAAUAAAACAUACAUUUUAUACAACAUUUUAAUGACUAAUAAAUUUUUGAUUUUGUUAUAAUUUUUUUCUUUUAUAUUUUUUUUUUAUUUUAAUUUUAUUUUUCAUAUUAUAUAAUAUACACAUCAUUUUCCAUCUUGUUGAAAAUCACAGAUUUCAAGAAUUUAUGUUGGAUUAAAUAAAUAUUUUUUCAUAUUUUUACCAUAUAUAAAAUUAUUAUAUACGAUUACAUAAAGGCCGCUUUGAAAAAAAAAAACAAAACAUAAACCUUUAAAGACGAUAAAAUUUUUAAAAUACAUAAAUGUCUUCCCAACACAUAAGAACAUUUAUAUAUACAAUUGAAAACCUAUAUAUUAUAUGUGACUUAUAUAAAAUCUCAGUCAGUACAAAAAAAACAUUAAAAAUUAAAAAUAGUAAACUUAUUUAAAGUUAUACAGAUUCAGCAUUUAAAAUAUUUAUUUUAGUAUCCAAUAUUAAUUCUUGAUCAUAGACCAUAAUAGAAAAAUUUCAACGUAUAAAAAUUAGUUUUCUUUUUUUUUUUGUUAACUUCUUAGCAAAUAAAAUGAAUUUUGAACAUAAUUUUUUUGAAUGAAUCAAUUUGAUAAAAAUAUUUUAAAAUAUUUCAUUUUUUAAAAUUUUCAAAAUUAAAUUUCUUUUAUUGAAUAUUUAAAGCACGCUUUUCUUUUUUUUUAUAGAAAAAAACGAAAACUAAUACUUUUACCUUAUUAUAUAUAGUAAAUUAAAAUACAUAUACCUAGUUAUAUUAGUAAUAAUUUGAAUAUAUAGUUUUCAAAGAAUCUUAACCCUCUAUUCUAAAUUAAGAAUCCCUUUAUUUUGGUUUAAUUUUUUCUCAAUUAGUUUUUUUUUAAUUUCUUUUCAUUUAUAAUCUCAUAGCACUAAAAUAUAGUAUUUUAAAACUUAUUCGAAAAGCUUUCUAAGUAAAAAAAUUAAAUAAAAUUCAAGAUCGAAAAAAUGAAUAAUUUAAAUUUAAAAAAAUUACAAAAAUAAAACCAAAAAAUUAAAGUCUUAAAUAUACAAAAAAUAUUAUUGAAAAAACAAAAAAAUAAAGAAUAAUUUUAGCUGGAAAUAAACGCUUUGUUAUUUAUAAAGUAAACAACAAAAAAAAAAUACUUUUUAGAUCUAUAUAUAAUUAAAAUUAAAAAUUUAAAAUUAAUCACAUGUGAAGAAAAAAAGUAUCAACGAGAAAAUAAAAAACUAACUAUAUAGAAAAAAAUUAUAAGUCCCCCUUAUAUAAAUGAAGAUAAAAACAAAAAGCUUUUGGAAUAUUUACAUAAUACUUAAAUUAACAAACACACAUUUUAACUUAAAUAAUUUUUAUUCUUUUUACAAAUACAAAUCUUAUAUAAAAAUCUUAUAAAAUUAAUCUAUUCAUUAAUUCCGUAUAUUAUUGAUACACAAAUAUUAUUUAUUUUUUCAAAUUUUCAAAAUUCUAAGAGCAAAAUAAUUAACUAAAAUUAACAAAUACUAAAAAAAAGUAUAUUGAUUCACAUUUUAAUUAUAUUUUAUUUUAUUAACUUUUCUUUUUUCAUUAAUUUUAAUUUUUAUAUUAAAAUUUACAGAACUGCAAAUAAAACAAUUCUUAUAACAUUUUUUGCUUUUAUAUUAUUUCUAUUAUAAUUUUGUUAUAAAAAAAUGAAAUAAAUUCUGCAAAACAACAAAAAUAAUUAAAUUAAUUUGAGUCUAUAAUAUUCAAUUUUAAAUUAAGAAAUAUAAAGUAUUCGAAUUUUGGAAUACAUAAUAAAUAAUUUAUAUAGUUAAUUAAUAGUAAAUUAAAAUCAUUUGAGAAUAGAAGCAAAAAAAUUUAAAUUUAAUUUCAAAUCCUUAAUCGUGCUAUUAAAUAAUUGAUCUUGAUUUGAUAUAUUCUAGAAUAAAUAGAUUUAUAUGAAACAGAAAUGAGUACUAAUAAAAUAUACCAUAAAUAUUUCCUUUUUUAAUACAAACUCCAUUGUAUUAGAAUUUGAUAAAAACGCAUUAUUAUCAUUUCUGGAACCUGAAAAUUAAGUGAAUUUAAAAUUAUUGAAUGUUGAAACUAAUUAUUAAAAAUUCAAUCUACGAUUGUUUUUAAUCCCCAAUUAUGUUAAUAAUGUUUACGAUAUACAUUACUUUACCAAUUCGCAGAGUUAAGUCAUCAAUCAUAUAGACGAUAUUUAUUGUACAUACGAUUGAGUAUUUAUUUUAAAGAAACAUUGCAGAAAUGUAAAAUAUUUCAAGUGUUAAAUUUCCUUUUGCAAAAUCUACGAAAAAAACAAAAUUUAUUCAAAAAAGCAUUUAAGGUUUCAAAAAUUACCUUUUUUUCAAUAUUUAUUCCCAUUCUGCUCAUUAAAUUUCUACAAGAUUAAGUGCGGUUUCACAAAAUCAUUUGUUGUCCCAUCAGUUAUGUUCCUUUUUAUCCAAAUAAAUAUGAUGUUUUGUACCAUAAAUGUGCAAUUAAAUCAAUAUUAAAUAGGAAAUCAAUUUUGAAUUUGACAAUAAUUCAUUCAUUAGUAAUUCCAUUACAAGAAUUAAAUAUAAAUAUUUUCUUAUACCAACACGCUUUUCAAAAUAUGACAUAAACAACUAUAUUCAAAAUAAUUUUCCAUUCCAAUGUAUGUAAAUUGUGAAUGAAUUGAGUUGACUCUUUUGACACUGACUGUUUUAAAAAAAACGUGUAUCUUUUUUAACAUAAUAACUAGGAAAUUUUAUUCAACAAAAUAAAAAUUCUAUUCUCAAUAAAUAAAAAAAAAUAAAGAAAUUAACAAAUUUUAAAUCAGUACUAUUGUACUUAAUUUAAAAUUGAAUUUAUUGUAAUCAUUUUAUCAUAGUUUAGUUCCUCUCCCUCCCCCCGAGCAUACAUAGAAUUGUUAAUUUAGUUAAAUGAAAAGAAAUGAAAUUCUCUUUAAUUUUUCAGUAUAAAUAAUUUUUAUAAAAAUAUAAUUUUGAUUUUUUUUUCAAAUUUGAUAAUUAUUAUAAAUUCAAAACACCAUUCCUUUUAAAAAAAAGAAAAAAAUAUAGAAUUAGAAUAUAAAUUGCAUGUUGUUUUAAAGCAUGUGUUAUAAAAGUUAAAAAUAUAGUUAAAAACUGUUAUAUUUGAAAAUGGAAAACAAAUAUAAUAUCAAUAAAAAUAUGUUUAUACAUGUACAUAUAUAUUAUAAAUUUAUAUUAUAUUUUAUUUAAUAUUUUGAAUGAAUUUAAUUAUUCAAUUUUAAUAAUUGUAAUUAUAUUUAUUCAAAACCUUAAAAAAAUCAUAUACACUAGAAGAAAAAAAAAAAGAAAUAUGGAUAGAAUCUAUCAGAGCAUUAAAAUAAAAAUAAUAAAAAAUAAAUUUAUAAAUUUGUGUUAUUUAAAAUAAAUAUUUAAAGAAAAGAACAACAAAACCAAAUGUUUGUCACACUCAGAAAAUAAUUUGGUAUUAAAAACAACUUCAUUUAAUUGAAUGAUUAUAAAGACAAAAAUUAAAUAAUUUAAACAAAAAAGAAAAUAAAGGUGAAUAAAUUGUUUAGCUAAAAAAAGGAAUAAUUGAUUCUUUAAUAUAUAUAUGUGAUAUAACAAGAAUAUAAUUUUCUGAGUGCAAUAUAAUUUUAUUAAAAUCGAAUUUUCAAUUACUUACAUACAUAUUUCAAAAUUUAAAAUGAAAUAAAUUUAAUAUUUUACUUUUUAAUAAUAUUUUGAUUAUUUUCGAAGAUAUUUUCCUUUCUUCGUUCAAUUAUAAUAUUGCAUUGAAAUAUUACUAAAUAUUGUGGUACUGUAUAUGAGCUAUGAACAAAAUGGAAGUUAUUUGAAAAAGUUACAAUUUAUGAAUAACCAUCAAAAAUAUUCAGAAAUUUUUAAAUUAACAAUAAUAAAAAAGAAAUUUAUUUUCAUAUGCGUAGAUAAAUUACUGUAAUCGUAAUUUAGAUCAGAUAUGAUUACAUUUUGUACAUAUAGUCCUAACACUUAUAUACAUAGCUAUAUAAAAAAUAUUUAUAUAUUUUUUAUUUAUUUUUCUAUUAUUGAUUUCAAUAUUUUCAAUUCAAAACUAUAAAAAAUAAUUAUACUGAUUACUGAAUAAUUAAAGAAAAACACUUGCUAUUUUAUUUUUAGUCAUUCUGUUUUGAAAAAUUUUAAAAAUAAAUUCACAAUUUAAAUGCUUUUUAUAUCUAAAAUAAUUAAAUAAAAGCCUUUUUUAAAAAAAAAAUUCUCUUUUUUUUACGGUAGAUUAUGCAAAACAAAAUAAAAUAAUAAUGUUAAAUAUAAAACGCUUAGUAGGAACUCUAUGUGUAAUAAAAUAAAUCUAUAUAUUUUGAUUUCACUUUAAAUUUUUGAAAAAAGAAAAUUUAAAUAAUUUUUAUUUUAAUAAUGAAUUAAAUUAGUAUUAUUUUAUAAAAUGUAAAUAAAAAUACAGAAAAAAUGAAAAAAUAUUAUUAAAAUAAUUUAACUUUAUUAUGAAAAUUCUAAAUAAACUUUAAAUAUUUGCCAUUUAAAUAUUUGCAAUAGAGAAAAAAAAGAAAACAAAACUUUAUUGAUAUUUUAAGGACAAAAUUAUUAUAUAUAUAUAAAUAGCGAUAUAUAAAAUAUAUUAAAAAUUAAAAAUAAAAAAAACAAUUAAGUAAAAUAAAACAAACAUUAAAAUGCACUUUCAUAAUCUGUUUUUCGAAAUUCCAAAAUUAUUCAAAUAUUUUGAAAAAAAAAAUAAAAUAAAUUUAAAAUAAGUACUCAUAUCAUUGUAAUUUAAAAACAAAUAAAUGUAAUAAAAUAAAUGUUAAUAAUAACAAUAAGGUAAUUUAAUCGAAAUGAAUUAACAAGAGUUACGGGAUAAAAUAUCGAGCAAAAUAACAAACAAACGGUAAAAAUUAAAAAAAAAAUUGAAGCGGUAAAACAAAAUUCGUACUAUAUUCAAAAUUAUUUACAAUAUUUUAGUACAGUUUUAUGCGAUAAUUUUGAGCAAUUGUACUUAAUUCAAUAUUGUGAAUGAAUUCAAUGGAAAACUUCAAAUACAAAACACAAAAU